AUGGCUCAUCAACACCCAUAUCAUUUAGUAGACCAAAGCCCAUGACCCUUGACAGGAGCAUUUAGAGGCUUAAUGAUGACUUCAGGCAAUGUCCUAUGGUUCCAUACCCAAAAGACUAAUUUAACUUUAGUAGGCUUUUUAUUAUUAAUAACAAAAAUGGUUAACUGGUGACGCGAUAUAAUUCGAAAGGCCAACUUUCAGGGCAGACACACUGCUAUUGUAAAAAAGGGAAUGCGAUAUGGCAUGAUCCUAUUUAUAACCUCAGAGGUUUGCUUUUUUUUCGCCUUUUUUUGGGCCUUCUUCCAUAGAAGAUUAGCCCCCUCCGUUGAAAUAGGGGUAGCAUGACCCCCGAGAGGAAUAACCCCCCUUAACCCUUUCCUAGUUCCUCUAUUAAAAACAGGCGUUCUUCUAUCUUCAGGAGUUACUUUAAGAUGGUCCCACCACAGAAUUCUAGCAGGGAAUCGAACUGAAUCUAUUCAAGCACUAUUUCUGACAGUGGCUCUCGGUAGGUAUUUUACCGCGCUUCAGGCGUGAGAAUAUAUUGACGCCCCAUUUACCAUUGCCGAUAGUGUUUAUGGCUCCACCUUCUUUGUUGCUACAGGAUUUCAUGGUCUCCAGGUAAUUAUAGGAACAACUUUCCUCAUGGUAUGCCUAUUUCGGACUGCAGGCCGCCACUUCUCAACCCAUCACCACUUUGGAUUUGAAGCAGCCGCAUGAUACUGGCACUUUGUAGAUGUAGUAUGAUUUGUCCUUUAUUGAUUGAUUUACUGAUGAGGAGCUUAA